AUGCGUUUCCAAGCAACCCUCUCCUUGCUUGCCUCAUUCGCGAUUCCCCUCGUCACCUCUACUGUCACAUUCGCCCCUGACAAAAUUCACGCGGAAAACAACGCGCACAGCAUCUUCAACUCGGUCCACUCAGCCGGCCGGCAAUGGGGCUCGAGCAUCAACCACAACGGCUUCGCUCUCAUCCCCGGCGUCGUCCCGCGCGGAUCUGUCUUUUAUCACGCGGCUGCGACGCCCACAUGGCUGUCGACCGGGCCCGCGCGGCUUGAUUUCGAGCCCGAGGCCGCCGAGGCCUUUGCCGCCGACUGGUUCAAGGGCUGCCGAUCGCCCGGUGACGACGAGGCUUUCCCUGGGGACCGGCCAAGGGGCCCCGGGUACAUGCACACGUACAGAAACAAGCGCGACCUCAAGGUGCUCCUAGCUGACGGCCUAUCCGCGGGACAGACGGGAUACGGCACGCUUGACACGCAAGAUGUGCUUCUCCUCGAGAACAGGACCCUCGAAGGGAACGCGUGCGAGGCGGAUCACCGCCGCGCGCACGCCCUCUGCGACGUUGUCGGGCCAUGGGGCUACGACGGCGUCGUCCGAGCUGGACUUGGCUUCGAGCUGCUCCUGUGCAACGUCACCGGUACCAUCUGGCAGAUGAAGGUGAAGCGCGCGUUUUCCAGGGCCCAGCGACUCGGUGACGGCGCGCUGCUCAUGGCGCAGUGGGUGCGCGCCGCCGCGCAGCGCUAUGACACCCUCGGAGCUCGUCUGAGGCUCGACUUUUCCUCCAUGGUGUCGGGCCUGUUUUAUCCCGUCAACACAACGAACCCAGAUCCGUCACAUCCGGAGAGGAAACGUCUCGCCGCCACGCCGCUGGCGCAUCUGCGUGUGGUGAAGCACCGCAUAGAAGCGAUUUCGCGCGCCGAGUUUCAGACGUUUCUGAUCGACUGGCGGUAUAUUGUCGACACCAUUGUCACGCGCUUCGCGGAGCGGCUGGCAGCCAUGGCCGAUCCGCACAUCGAGGAUGGCGACUUUGUAGACGAACUCGAAGCCGCAGCUCUGACCUACAUCGACGCCACUGCUCUAGAGGAUGGUGGCGAGACCCUCGAGAGAUCUAUCAGAGAUUGCACCGACCACUACCUGUAUCCCGCUCUUCCCUUUUCCCAGCGCUGGAACGAAGCAGACCACAUGCUCUACCACGCCGUCAUCACCGUUCUCUCCGAUGUCUGCCGUACUCUUAUCCGCGGCUGGUCCGAUCUUCUACACGCCUCUAACCCGACAUACUUGACCAGCAACGCACAGAAGCGCGCGGUCCUUGACGGGGUCAAGGCAGAGGUCAAGGAACUGACGACCCGUCUGGCGUGGACGACGUGGCGCAGGACGCGCGCAUGCGCGGUCAACCAGGCAGAGCUGGUUGCCAUGUGGCCGUAUGGUGACCUCGAGGAUCACAAACGCCCGGGAUGUCGCGCGAGAGGCCAGCUCAGCAUGGAUAGGACGGGGUAUUGGGGCGGGGGCAGCCUAGAUGUCAGCGGCGAGGCGUCACUGACCUGGCCAUCCGAGGAGCUAUAG